AUGGAGUCCAUCCGUGAAGAUAUUGCGCCAAAAAUUUCAGAUCAGCUGUUUUGGUCGCCAGAAGAUGGCCCUGGCCGUAAAGGUGUACUCGAUCGCAUCAAAAGAAAGCGCCGAUUAACAAAAAGUAUCACUCUAAACCCCGAACAACUUCAUGAUAUCCUCAAUUUCAUAGCCAAUAAUCAGGAUGAGGGAGGCAAUGUGCUGUGGACCCCGGAGAUUGUCUUCCGAUAUGUUCCAAGUAAUUUUGAGGGUGCUACCGUGCCGCGAAAGACUGCCAACGAUGUUCUGAGCCAUGCAAUAAGCAAGUCAUUUUUCAGUAUAUUCCCUUCUGUUUACAUGGAAAAGUUAAAAUUCGUUGGUAACCCGAAACGCCGCAUGUACGAACUGGUCUGGCAUGGACCCGAGCCGGUCGUCCCGGAAGCACUCCGAGAUACACCAGCAUUUACCUUGGUGGAACGAGAGCCGAAACAGAUACGCCUACAAGCAGUUCAACCGGGAUCUACUAUCGCUACCCGUGAGUCCUUCUCUCUGAGACUCGAUGACUGUAGUUCGACGGGGACAAUCGUUCCUGAAUUCCAGCGGACACUAGGGAUGCCUUCGUUUAGGAUUUCCAGGACACCUAACACUAAUGGGAAUGUAUCUCUCAACGACAUGUGUCUACUGGAAACUACCCAUAUCCCUCCAAACCAGUUACGGUGUGCGCUCUUGUCUAUUGAUUGCACACUGUUCGGUUCAUAUUAUGAUAUAUCGGAUGACCCUGCAUUGAUGAAGCGAGAUCCAAAAGCGUCUGACUUUACAAAAUUGCGUGACAUAAUCAAUUUCGGCCAACAUAUCAGUGUUUACAAAUAUGGCGCAAUCACCUCCCUUACAACUGGCACCCUAUCAUGCAUCAACAGACUCGACGGUGGUGAUGUUGACGUUUUUGAACUCGAAGUCGAUUGA